GGCAACCCAAGACUGCGUCGUGUACUGACUCCUCUCAAGCAAGCCCAGAUCCCGUACCACCAUGGUAUUGAUUCUCGCUCUGCUCGGGGCAGGGGCUGCCAUGCUUCAGCUUCAGGUGGCAGAAGCUGCGAGUGUCUUCGCCCAUUUUAUGGUGCAAAACUCGUACUCCUACGCAGCAUCUGACUGGGAGAGCGACAUAACCACUGCAGCUGGUAUUGGUAUCGACGGCUUUGCCCUGAACAUCGCGCAAAAUGACUAUGAGGUUGAUCGUCUCGCCGAUGCCUUCAGUGUUGCCGAACAACAACACUUCAAGCUGUUCUUCUCUUUUGACAUGUCCUACUCUUGGGCAAGCAGCGACAUGGUUAGCAUCGUCCAGACGUACGCUACCAGCUCCGCGAUGUAUACAUGGAACAACGCCGUCCUGGUGUCUACUUACUCCGGCGAAUCGUACGGCGACUCAUUCUGGUCUGCCUUCAAGUCCACUCUGGCUGCUGACGGCAUCACGGUCAUCCUCACGCCUGCUUUCACGAGCUACCGCGACCCGAGCGACGCGGACUCAUUGAUGUCUAGUUUCCCGUCCAUUGAUGGCUUCUUUAACUGGUGGUCCUGGCCCGCCGAUGUUGAUGCCAACCUCACCACCGCCACGGACCUGGCAUAUCAAGCAGUGGUGAAGUCUGACCGUACCGGCCCCUUCAUCAUGUCUGUGUCUCCGUGGCAGUUCAAGAACCUCGGUACGAACGACUCUGACUGGGUCGAGCUGAGCGAUACGCUGUGGUACUACCGGUGGUUGCAAGCCAUCCAAGACGUGAAACCAGAUAUCGUUGAGAUCGUAACCUGGAACGACUACGCCGAGUCUCAUUACAUUGGAGAGAUCAACCCGAACGUCGAUCUUGGCGAUCAGGCCCCGAACUACGUCGAUGGCUUCCCUCAUACCUACUGGAGGAACGUAGCGCAGUACUUCAUCAGUUGGUAUAAGAACGGUAGCACGCCGACGGUCACGGACGACCAAGUCAUAUUCUGGUACCGCGGCUGGCCGAAGGACACAACCUGCAGCACUGGUUCUCUGCCUCGCAACUACGAGUAUCCCGUCGAUGCUGUCUUUGCACUGUCAUUGCUGAGCUCCGAGGCCACCGUGGGCCUGUACAUUGGGUCGAACUCGUUCACCUGGGACGCACCCGCUGGUGCUAGCAUUGGCAGCGUACCAUUCCCUAGUGAGGACGCGCAGAUCCCGUACAUAGAGAUUGUACGCGAUGGCACCACCACCAAGAGUGGCUACGGCAGCCUCAAUGUCACCCAGUCUGACUGCUCUUACUACAACUUCAAUCCUUGGGUGGGCAUCAUCGACUAAGUAGUCAAGGUCUGAUCAAUGGUCUAUUGGAAAGGAUCUACGCCUACGGAACAAAUGUCUACGGGCUAUCU